AUGUCUAAUGGCACGGGCACGAAUACACUGCCACAGCUGUUAACUUUAAUCAUUACAACCUCCCCAAUUCCUUCUGCUCCAUCGACUGAUCUUCUUCAAGCUGCCCUAGACUCAUUUCGCCUCCAUUGCGACUCUCUAUUGGAUAUCAAUGUCAUUGUUGUGUUUGACGCCCAUGAACAGGUCACUUCCACAGCCCGCCUCAAGAAGGGCUACGUGACAGAAAAGGGCAUCCAAGACUACGAAAAAUAUAAAGAAAACUGCCGACAGCUAUUUCUCUCAGCUUAUGGCCAGACUCCAGAGCCAGCAUUUACGCAAUGCCGGGGUGAAGCAGAGUUUGGCUCGCCCAACAGCACAACACCAGUUCCCUAUAGCGCCGCAUCUACAGAAAAUGGACGUGUAACAUUUAUUGACGUCGAGGAGCGUCGCCUGGGAUUUGGUUUAGCUGUUCGGACCGCACUGCGUAUGGUGACGACACCAUAUGUCUGGGUUCACCAGCAUGACUGGGCCCUUCUGCAACCGGUGCCAGUAGCCUCCAUCAUCAGCGUGAUGCAAUAUGCAGAGACGCAGGAUCAGCUCCCAAUCAAGUAUAUAUGUUUGCCAUCCGUGCGAGGACUUUCUUAUGCUACAUCAAACAAAGUCACAAAAUUUCCAGAGCUCAAAAAGCUUACCGACACCCUGACAAGAGAUUACACGUCGCCAGACGAUCCGUCAGUCAGUAUCCCGCUCACGCCCAUGUACUUUUGGCACGACAGACCACAUAUUGUGUUGACAGAACACUACCUUCAACGCGUGUUUCCAACAAGAUUAGCCAUGCUACGCGGCGCAUUUAUCGAAGAUACCAUUGGGCAGCGUGCGCGAAAUCAGAUGAAGGAAGGCCAAUGGGAGAAGUGGGCAACAUGGAUCUAUAACCCUGGCGGCGGCACGCAAGCGUGUCUCCGACACUUGCAAGGAAGAACGCGAGCAGAACAAGGGAAACCAACCGAAGAUUCUAUUCCGUGA